GACACGCUCCAAGACUCCAUCUAGACCAACGGCCGUGAUCUCUUCUUCACUCCUCGCAUCUUCUCCUCGCACGGUUCAUGUUCCUCAGCCGCCGCCUCCUCUCCACCGCUGCGGCCGCCGCCGCCCGCGGCCCGCCCCCGAUCCGCGUGGCCCUGACGGAGUCCGUCGGCCGCGGCAUCUUUGCUACCCGCCCAGUCUCCGCCGGCGAGCUCCUCCACUCUGCGCAGCCCCUCGUCUCCCACCCCUCCCCCUCAUUGCUCCACGAGGUGUGCUACAGCUGCCUCAGGAGGAAGUCCGGUGGGGAAGGGCGCCACGCGAGCGGCGAGGGUUGCUACUUCUGCAGCGACGCUUGCAGGGAGCACGCCAAGGGGUUCCAUGACGUUGAGAAGAACGUGGAUUGGUCUUUCUUUGAUGACCACUGCAGUUCACGUGGUCUGAAGUACCCAUACAUGGCCAAGCGGCUCGCUUGCAUGGUGAUAUCGGGAGCUGCUAAUGCUGAUUGUCUUAACAUACUUCAGCCAGCCCGUUUGCACCAGGGGACGCUGAUCGAGAUGGAGGAGGAGUUUGAGUUGUUGGAGUCCACUUUUAGGAAAGCUGGGUUUCAAGAUGAAGUCACAACCUUUUUGACCAAAGAGUGGUACAUCAAUGUAUUGGCAAGAAUACGCAUAAAUGCGUUCCGCAUUGAAUUGGUUGCAAGCUCAUAUGAGGAUCUUCUAUCCUCAGCGGCAGCCUCAGUAUCCUGUGAUGCAUCAGUUGGCAAUGCGGUUUAUAUGCUUCCCUCUUUCUACAACCAUGACUGCGAUCCGAAUACUCACAUAGUUUGGCUGGAAAAUGCGGACGCUAAACUGAAGGCCCUCCGUGAUAUUGAAGAAGGUGAGGAAAUGCGCAUCUGCUACAUUGAUACAAGCAUGGAUGUCAAUGCUCGGCAGAAGAUUCUUGCUGAUGGAUUCGGCUUCGAGUGCCACUGCCUUCGGUGCUUGUCUGGAGACUAGAAAUCAUGUUUCACCUCAAGAGUUUCUACCUGAGUAUGGUGGCAUGGCCUUCUGGACUUGUUCAUUGAAAUAACUCGAGGUUGGCGACCUUGAGUACUCUCUUGCAGAGUUGCAGUUAUCCUAUGAAGCAUCAAGAAAAUAUGGCCUUGAGCACUCUCUGGCAGAGUUGCAGUCUUAUGUACACUAGUUAAAGCCACUCUAAAUUCUUGAUGAUUAAGCAUUACAAUGGUUUUUGCCCUUCCAUAGUCAGACAACCCCGUCCUGAAGCUCACCAAAAUUUUAAGUAAUGAACCUGAAUGGUGUUGAGUUGCC